CGAAGAGCUCCAGUUUUAUUUACCAUCCAAAAAAAUGGAUGCAUCCGUGGACGAUUUGUUGUCGUUUAAAGAAUUUCCACUAAUAAACGAAGCUAGUGGAAGUCAGAGUGCACAAAUCAACAUAAAUUCGCCGCAACGUACACUUCCCAGUAUCGACGACGAGGAUGAUGAAGAUGGAACGGCGAAAGAAAACAACUCGGCGAAGGGUGGUUCGAUUUUCAGUUUCGAGUACUACCAAGGGUUUUUCGACGUCGAUACUAUGAUUGUGGUGGAUCGCAUCGCCACCUCGAUGAUUCCCAAGCGCGCACCCGUCAACUACCUGAAGCUCAACAUUGCCACGAACCCAGAUCUUUAUGGACCGGUCUGGAUCGUGUUAACCUUGAUAUUCACAAUUGGCAUUUCGGGCAACAUGGCGAGUUAUUUGCAAAACACGGGUAACCAUCACUGGAGAUACAAUUUCCAUUUGGUUUCGUAUUCUGCCACUGCGAUCAUAAUGUACACCCUGCUGGUUCCCUCGGCUCUCUGGGGAUUCCUGAAGUGGAGCGUACGAUCGAGUGAAUUAGACAUAGAUGAGGACGAGGAAGUUGGCACCCCGAGCUUACUAUCGCUGGUCUGCAUUUACGGUUAUUCGCUAGCGAUCUACAUCCCCGUGUCUGUUCUCUGGACCAUACAGGUAUCUCUGUUCCAAUGGUUACUGGUUAUCACUGGAGCAUUUUUGUCCGGAUUUGCCCUGCUAACGAUUCUAAUGCCGGCUGUGAAAAAAUCAAAGUACUCGCUCUUCGUCGUGCUGGCCAUCGAGUUGGCACAUUUUGCUCUGGCGGCAGGUUUUAUGCUUUACUUUUUCCACGCACCUGAUGUGGAGACUCCCGUGGAAACACCAUUGCACAAAGCCAUCACCAGUGUGGUAGUCAACACGACUAUGCAAAGCAAAAAUGCAUAAAUCGGGAAACAGUUUAAGAAUAGAAUGUCUUGAAUGUCUCUUAGGUUCUUACAGUAUGACAUGUUUGUCCGGUCAGAAUGCUUGAUUUGCUUUAAAAAGGCAAGAUGCUGCUUCAUUUAUUGUUUAGAAAUAAAGAAAAACUCUUUGAAAGUGUGUGGAAUGACGUAUCAUCGACGUUGUUGCAAGCCUGUCAUUUCCC